UUGAAAAGGAGAGUGGUAGACCUGCCGCUCUGUAUAAAGUGAGGCAGCAGAGGCAAACAAAACACAAACAGAGCAAACCUGACUGCAACUGGUCUUCUCAACAGACACACACACACACACACACAUUUCUCUCAGUUUCACACAGCAGCAGCAGCAGCAUGUUUCUCUGGAGGCUCCCUCAGGCAGUGUGUGUGCUGUCGGCGUGCGUGUGCUUAGCUCUCGCCUAUGAGGAUAAUAUCGAGGUCAGCUACGAUGACACCUACUACAAUGAAAUCACAGAUGGAGACACACCAGAACCCACGAGCACACCCUGCAGUUCCCCAGACCUGACCAAGUGGGACAAACUCUUCUCUAUGCUGGAGAACAGUCAGAUGAGAGAGAACAUGCUGCUUCAGUAUGCUGAUGAUAUCAUCAAGGUGGAGAUGGGGUCGCUGCGUGGUGAAAUGAUGAGGUUCGUAGCUCAGUAUGGUGGCUCCUGUGGGGCUGCUGUGGAGACAGCUGGAAGACGGAUGGCCUUGCAGUUGGAGGGACGGCUCAGAGAAACUCUGGAACGCCUCAAACUUAGAGAUCUGUCUUCUGCUGCUGGGAACUCUGUCGGGAAUUCCGACCACCUAGAGGCGCAACUGCAGCAUCUCCUCUCCGCGGCGCGAACACAAGCGUCCCGACUUGCUAAGUUGGAGACCAGCUGUUUCAGCAGCCCAGAAGCUGGGAUGGAAAUGAAUUCCAAGACAGGAUUUCAGCUUCCAGGGAGUGGAGGGGCUGAGCCGCAGGCGCAAGGGGUCACAUCGAGGGAGGUUGCAGUAGAUGUGGUGCUGGCUGCACUGGAAGAGACGAGGAUGAAGCUGGAAGAGGUGCAGAGGUCAUCGAGACAAAGAUACCUUCCUGCAGGUUGUGAAACAGCCCUCCUCUUCCCUAUGAGAUCCCGCCGAAUCUACACUGCUGUCAUUCCAGAUGUCCAUCUCUCCACGUCCUCCUUCACUGUCUGCAUGUGGGUAAAACCGACAAUCCUCUCAAACAAAACCGUGCUGUUCUCCUAUGGAAACCGCCGCAACCCAUACGAGAUCCAGCUGCUGCUUGGCCAAACCUCUGUGCUCUUCACCAUCGGAGGAGAAUCUCACCUGGUGGAGGCGAAGGGUGUCGCGAACCCAGGGCAGUGGAUCCACUUGUGCGGGGCUUGGUCUUCUCAGCAGGGCCUGGCAUCCUUGUGGGCUGAUGGUAAAAAGGUGGCCUUCACACCCGGAGUGGCUGAGGGACAUGUCCUACCUGACGAAGGUUCACUCCAGCUUGGACAGGAAAGACGCAGCUGCUGCUCUGUAUCUUCAAGCAGCAGGACCGGCAUGGCAGGGUUUGAGGAAGGGUUCGAUGCCAAGCUGGCCUUUGCUGGGAAGAUGACAGGGGUGAACAUGUGGGAUAAGGUGCUGUCGGAGGAGGAGAUUUCCCAGCUGGCUCUGCAGGAAGGCCAGGGCUGUGAGCAGAGGGGGAGCAUGGUGGCGUGGGGCGUGACGGAGAUGGUUCCACAUGGUGGGGCUCAGUUCAUCUACUGAGUCAUACUCAUAAUUAGCAUCAUCAUAAAUCUCUGCAACAAAUUUUCAUGCAACAACUGAAGAAACAACCACUUUUUCGUAUUUGUUCCUUUUAAAUAUUCUCUGUUUUAAACACUGCCUUGUUGUUCAUCAUCUUCGUCAUCAUGAUCAUGAAUGCUGCAAUGAACUCUACUGAACACGUUCAAAAGAGAGAAAGCCAAUACUGUGAGAGACUGAAGUUUAUUUUUCUAACAGAACCUUUUGAACUGAGGCCACACACACACACACAGACACAUGCUUACACUGGCGUACAUUCAGCUUUGAAAACGUGUAUCGUAGCAGGAAACGUGCUGCAAGCAGAAUUCACCAAAGACUUUAAUUAGAGUGCCAGAAAGACAAAGAACCUAUUGUCAAAGCAAACAAGUUCUGAGCCAGUAAACAGAGUAAUCGCCAGACAGCCACACAGGAGAGGUAAAUAAGAGGUCACAGACGAUUACAGGAGAUUAUCUUGUCCAAUUAUGUAUUUUUAAGAAAAAUAAUGAUGUGUUAUCCCUUUUUCUAUCCAGAUCUCUACAUGAGUGUCAAAUACAUUGAAUGAAAAUAUCACUGCACAAGCUUUUAAUAGGGAACAUUCAUUUAGUAAAAAUCUUUGCUUACCUAUCUAUCCAUGCCAUCCAUUCCCAUUAUAGCUGAAAGUAAAGGUACUAAUGUGUUAAUAAUGUGCAGAACAACAUGUGAUAUAUGAAAACGUUGUGUGACUGAAAACUGCUGUACUUGCUUUCACCUUAAGCAUGGCCGACUAGCAACUUUAGAAACAAUUUUAGCUUGUUAUUAUUUUUCGUUCUAAUUUUCCUGGAUUUGUUGUUGUUGUUGUUGUUUUGAAGAUAUUUCUAAAUGUGUACUCAUAAAAGUGUUUACAUUGAUAUGCGUUAUAUAAUUCCAGUUCUGCUUUGUCUGUAGUUCUCAUUUUAAUGUAGGGUAAUGUUUAUGUCUUUAUUUUUUGUUUUGUUUUGUUUUGAUACUAUAUAAAGUAAUAAGAGUAAAACUGUUUUUUGUGUGAGUGAGAUUGACAUUGUAUUUUGAUAAAAGAAAGUGAUGUUUACACAGUCUUUUAUUAACUAAGUUGUCUUGUAUCAUACUGUAAAUUGAUAUUGCGAAAAGGUGAAACUGAAUGUAUUUUGUACAUAAAUAUAUUUUGCAUAACAUGACUGGAUGAAAUGAGAGUGAGGGAUGAAUAAAUAUUUCAAGUUAAGUGUAAA